AUGGGUCUUACACCGGUACACUUCUUCUCGCACGGGUCCACCCGUAUGCUCGAAGCUGAAACGGAAUCUGGGGACUAUUGGAGAAAGUGUGGUGAAGAAGCCAUCGCCCAUGGUGUCAAGGGUGUUGUUUUGAUGGGUGCACACUGGGCCUGCCUAGGUGACAAGAUCGAAGUCGCGACAAAUCCAAACCCAGGUAAAAGUCCAUGUCCAUUCGUCGAUCCGGCACUAUAUAAGGACUGGAAACCCAAUCCGGAUCUGGCGGGUGCAGAGCGAUGUAUCUCCAUGCUCGCCAACGAGGGAUUCAACGUGGGCCCCAACAAGGACUUUGAAUGGAUUCAUGAUACGUACAUGGUGUUGAUCAAAAUGUUCCCCGACGCAAGCAAGUGUCCUCCAACAACCAUCGUUUCCAUGAAUGCCCGCUACGAUCCCUGGUACCACGUCAAAGUCGGCGCGACCCUCCGCCCGCUGCGCAAAGAAGGAUACCUCCUCAUCGGCACGGGCGGUGCGGUCCACAACCUCUACCGCAAUUACUGGACCGACAUGCUCUUGUAUCGGGAAUCGCUGGGCCAAGAGAAGCCUCCAGAGCCAUGGGCGUUGAAUUUUCGACAGGCCACCGAAGACGUUGUCACCAGGAACCGCGGACCAGCGUUGAGAAAGGCUAUGAUUAGGCUGAUGCAGCAUCCGGCGUAUCGUGAGGCCCAGGCAACGGAUGAUCAUUGGAUGCCUGCGCUGUUUGCAGCGGGCGCGGCUGGCGAUUUUGAGGACGAGGCAGAGUCCAAUAUCCUAGCCGCCGAGACGUGGGAGCUGAGAAACAUGUGCAAUUCGCAGUUCACAUUUGGCACUUAUACUGCCACUGAAGGAGAUAUCGUGUCGGAGAGGAAGACCAUAGGUAUGGAUAGAGUGCCGAGGCCAAGAAUGGUCGCUGCUACAGCUUGA